AUGGUCAAAAACAUGAACGACCAGACGGCCAUGGUGUGGCUUGCCACAUCAGGAGCCUUAGUCUGGAUCAUGAUCCCAGGUAUCGGAUUGUUGUACUCGGGACUUUCAAGAAAGAAACAUGCCUUAUCUUUACUUUGGGCCUCUAUGAUGGCCAUUUGUGUGGUGACCUUCCAGUGGUUUUUCUGGGGUUACUCGCUUACCUUCGGUACUGCGCACCACGGCUUUAUCGGGGACCUCACGUACUUUUCCUUAAAGGACAUUCUUGAUGACACUUUUGACGAUGCAAUGCCACAGGUGGUCUACUGCUUCUUCCAGUGUAUGUUUGCCAUGAUCACGGGAGCCAUCAUGCUUGGUGGUGCCUGUGAGAGAGCCAGACUUGGCCCUAUGAUGGUGUUCUUGUUCCUCUGGACGACCAUAGUCUACUGCCCAUGUGCAAUGUGGACUUGGAAUGCCGAUGGAUGGCUUGCAACAUUGGGAACUUACGAUUUCGCAGGUGGUGGUCCAGUCCACCAGUCUUCCGGAUUCGGAGCCUUGGCCUACGCCUUUGUUUGCGGUAAGAGAAGAGACCCAGUCGCCAGAAAGGGCCUUCCCAAGUACAAGCCUCACUCUGUGACUUCUGUUGUUCUUGGAACCGUUUUCCUUUGGUUUGGAUGGUUUGGUUUCAACGGUGGCUCUUCAGGAAAUGCUUCUCUUAGAGGAUUUUACGCCUGCUUGAACACCAACUUGGCUGCCUCGUGUGGUGGUCUCGCAUGGAUGAUUCUUGACUACUUCCGUUGUGGCCACAAAUGGACCACUGUGGGACUUUGUUCGGGUGCAGUUGCUGGAUUGGUCGGUAUCACACCUGCUGCCGGUUUCGUUCCGAUCUACUUUGCCGUGCCAAUCGGUGUUUUGACCGCCAUUGCCGCCAACUAUGCCGUGGAUUUGAAGAAUAUGCUUGAAAUCGAUGAUGGUAUGGAUGCCUGGGCUUUGCACGGUGUUGGUGGAUUCGUUGGAUCUGCCUUAACUGGUCUUUUUGCCGCUGACUACAUUGUGGCAACAGACUUGGAUGCUGCUCCAGCUGCCGGUGGUUGGUUGAACCACCACUGGGUGCAGUUGGGAUACCAGUUGGCCGCCAAUGUGUCGAUCGACGCAUGGUCGUUUGUCGUGACAUCGAUUUUGUUGCUUCUCAUGAACCAGAUUCCAUUCCUUAAGAUCCGGUUGAGUGAAGAAGAGGAGGACCUUGGUACUGAUGCCGCCCAGAUCGGUGAGUUCACUUACGAGGACUCCAACAUGUACAUUCCGGAGCCUAUCAGAUCCGUUGCAUCCAGAACUCAUCUUCCUCGUUUCAUGAAGAAGAAUGCUGGGGAUGCAAAUGUUGUUCCUCUUCCAAAGAACGACGAAUCUACCGAGGAGAAGUCUACUGGCAAGUCCAGCAGUAGCUGA